CUUCUUUCCACUUCUGACCACCCGUCAUUCCCCAACAACCAUUGCCUCAAAACACAUGACUCCUCUCUCAACCACGAAUCCUCUGUACACUUUCAAGGCUCCUAGAAUGGAGAAACCAAACCUCUAUUUCAAAUCUACUCCACCAGAAAUUAUCCGAUCAAUAUGCGCGCAUGUCGAUUCUGCAGUCUUGAAAAAUUUAAGGCUCGUCAGCAGACACACUUGUCUGGUGGCGAGUGGCUUGCUCUUCCGAACUGUUUAUGUCAAGAUUUCGAGUCGUGAACAGCUUCGAUUAGAUGUCGACCAUUGGACUAACCUGCUCAGCCAGUGGAGUUGUAUCGGAUCUGUACAUCACUUACGAGUUGAUGGUAUUUUACCAAAAGAGCCAGACGAUCAUGGCAAGCUUCGUCAAGGGCCAAUUCCACAAUGGAACGAAAGAUGUCGGCAAGAGGAACUGGGAAGAUGGCGGAAUCAUGUUGCAUAUGAUUUUGAUGGUAAGAGGAUUCUCGACGAGGAUCAUGGAUGGCGUCCAUUAGCACGCCUGAUUGCGAUGUUACCAGCUCUGCGAGAUGUUGUUUUCGCUUGCACGAACCAGUUUUCUCCUUGUCUUCUGGAGUCGCUGCAGGAGAUUCCGUCAUCGCAGUGUAGACUUUAUCUUGAGACCUUCCAUCUCCGCUCGUUUCAUGAUCGAGAUGUGGAAGGAUAUGAAUAUCAGCUCGUCACCUCGCCACAUCUGGAGGGAGUCGUGACUGAGCAUUACCAAGACGCGCAAGUAGCAUUGGCUCUUGCGCCUAUGUUGAGAAGUCUUUGUAUUAUCAGCCGUCCCCCCCCGGCUUCAACCGACAACUUCGUGGCAGCGCCGCAAGGUCUCACGACCCCUACUCGAUCCACCUUUCCUCACCAUCAGAAAGAUAUGAAACGCCGUUACCCUCUGGUGAAUCUACAGUUCUGCCGCGAACGAUUCGAUGAGAAAUGGGAUGAGCUCGUUGAUCUGUCUGCACUUCGUACCCUCAGACUGGAUUAUCCCAUUGAAGAGAGAGUUAUAAAUUGGCUGGCAGCGAAGGCUCUUUUCAGCUCCCUGACUGAACUAGAGGUACCCAUCGGCUCUUGGUAUGAGCAGAACACCCCAGAGUCAUAUACUCAGGACUUCGCGUCCUUCAUUCAGAGUAUCUGCCCUUUACGAUUGCUCCGCAUCUACGCCAACCCGAUAACCACCAACAUUUUCACAGCGAUCCUUGAACAACAUGGCGCAACCCUCCAACAUCUUUCAUUGAGGACUUGGGGGCAUAUUGAAUCUGUGAGAUUCGAUGUCUCUCAAGUCCAGAAAAUCAGCCGGCAGUGCCCAUUACUCAAAAAGUUGGUCCUUAAAAUACCGAGAUCGAAAGGCGACAAAGCCGAGCAAGGGAUAUACACUGCUCUAGGCUCAAUGUCACAGUUGCAGCAUCUAGAACUUGAACUAGAUUGCCAGAAUCGGACAUGUUUAAGGACUCUGCCAAAUGGUGAAGUCGAAAUAUUCAAUAAUUCUUCCUGGGACGAGUUUCAACAACAGUUUUACCCUAAAGAGGGUUCACUGAUAGAGGUGAAUCCACGAAACGGUCAUGUAAUGGAUAUGUUAAUCAACUGUGCUCUGGAUGCCAACCUUGCCGAAGAUAUCUUCUACUGCAUUUCGUCUGAAAAAGCACCAGGUGCAAGGAGAUUAGAGAGUCUGCAAUUGUCUAUCAAUGGCGGUGGGUUCUUUGGCGAGCCGAAUCUGCCUUUCCCGGCUGAUGUCUGUGGAGUACCGGAGGUUGUAGACCGAAUUGCAAAGACAUGGAUGGUUGAAAGUGGAGAUAUGGGUGGGGUGAAGGUGACGGAGCUGGAUACGGGAGUGGAUUGGGACAAUGGGCUAGAAAAUGGGACAUCAAUCGGUCUACAUGAUCGCAUUCAAGAUGUUUUAGCCGUACAGGUAGAGCCAGUCUUCAGGAGGCUGUGGCCUGGGAACGGAAAUUGGCUGGAUGAGUGGCACAGUUUUCCACUCGAAGGCUUUCAGAGAGAAAGCCUGCAGACAUAGGGCUGGUCUCUUUUAAAUGUGUCAUGCGUCUUAUGUGCUUCACUAGAGAUUCGAGCGAUUGGCUGGACCUAGGACCGGCGCUGCUAAUAGGUCGGUUGGAGGAAUCCAUGCAAUACCCUCCUCUCCUAUCUUCCAACCACUCUUUAAUCGUCGAUUAGCUUGGAUUGAUUCUUGUAUUCAGUCACCAAGAUCAAAAUUUACAAUCUCAAUAAUGUGAGGGUUUUAUUUCGCCCAUUGAAUCGCCAUUUCGGCCACUGUAUUGAAAUAUUG